CUAGCUUCAGGCUUUUAUAUAAAAACCGACAUAAUUACACAAAUAACCCAAAAGACGUGUUUCUUUCGGAACCUGUCAUCGCGACCGCAGUGCGCACGCGCGGCUUCGCUUCCAGUUCGUCUGUUGACAAACGUGACCGAUGCCCGUCUCUGCUCGCGACUCCGCGUCUCCACGGGACCGCGUGCACGCUGCGAGGCUCCGGGAGGACCUGCAUGACGUCGUGAGUCCGGUCUGAACUGACACCAUGCUGAAGUGGCUCUCUGGAGAGGAGGGCGAGCCCGGCUCCACAGGUCCAGGCCCCCCCCUCGGCGGCGCCCCCGGUGGCGGUGAUGUCGUCCCCGAGGCGGUCGGCGUGGAGGAGAUGGCGGAGCGCCUCGCUCACGCCGAGCUGCUGCUCGCUCAGCUGAAGGAGCUCAUCAGAGAGAAGGACGCCGCGCUGCACGCCCAGGACGCCCGGCUGAGGGUGGAGAAGGAGGCGUGUGAGUCGCGGCUGUCGAAGCUGCGUCUGCAGAACAAGGCCAAGGUGACCUCUCUGACCUCCCAGCUGGAGGAGCUGAAGCAGCAGCAGGGGGGGGGCGCGCCGACGCACGGCAGGAAGGGCUCCUCCGACGCAGCAGACCACGCCAGCCGGGGGAAGGUGGUCCUGCUGAAGAAGAAGCUGGAGGACCUGGACCAGCAGCUGGCGAGGAGAGGAGAGGAGCUGGAGGAGAAGAGGAAGGAGGCGGAGUCUCAGCGUCAGCGCGGCGAGGAGAUGGACGCCAUGCUGGCGGAGAGGGACAGGAAGCUGGCGGAGAAAGAGGCCUACAUCGUCCACCUGCAGACGGCGCUGGCCGGAGACCAGCCCGCCUCACCGGCACCGCAGCAACAGGAGGACGGGGCGGCGCUGCAGGAGCUGCAGCUGCUGGUGCAGAGCCUCACCAGGAAGGUGGGCGAGGAGGAGGAGCGCUACAGCCUCCUGCAGGAGCAGGCGGGCAGCCUGAAGGAGCUGCUGGCCCUCGAGCAGGAGCACUUCCUCCAGAAGGAGAGCAUGUACAAGCAGAACAUCCAGACCUUCAAAGACAUCCUCCUUCAGAAGGAGCAGCAGCUGGUGGAGGUGGGCCAGAUGCACGAGCAGGAGCUCUUCAAGCUGGCGGCCAAGUCCGACGCCAGCGCCGACCUGGAGCAGCUGCUGAAGGCUCUGAAGCAGAAGCUCCAUGAGAAGGAGGAGGUGCUCAUGGGUAAAACUCAGGUCAUCGACGUCCUGCAGGGAGAAGUGGACGGCCGGGACCAACAGAUACAGGACCUCGUGGAGCGCCUGCGUCGGCUGCACGUGGAGCGAGAGAGCCUGGCGUCCAAGAUGGAGGCCGAGAAGCACGUGAUGCGAGCGCAGCUCCGCGACCUGAUGGAGAAGCAGCAGGCGGAGGUGCAGCGGGUGACGGAGCAGCACCGGGUCCAGAUGGACCGGGCGCAGCAGGACCUCCUGGGACAGCUGGAGGAGCAGAGGAGGUCCUCAGGGGGCGGAGCCAUCCCAGAGGACUCCCUCCAGAGGAUGGCCGAGCUGGAAGCCCGAUCGAAGCAGAAAACGGAGGAAGCCGAAAGAUCAGAGGCCAAGUUCAUGAAAAUGAAGGCGUGGUCUAAAUCACGCAUCAGGCAGCUGGAGGAGGAGCUAAAGAAAAGCCAAGCUGGAGGCGCCCCCCCGGACGCCACCGCCAUGCGGGGUCACAUCACGGCGCUGGAGGAGGAGCGAGAGGAGAACCUCUGGAAAGCGGAGCGAUACGAGGAGCUCAAAGCAAAGAAUGACAUGCUGGAGGCCAAGCUGGUGGUGUACGAGGAGCAGCAGAGGACUCUCCACGCGGACCUGGAGCAGUUCACCAAGAGGACCGCCUCUCAGGCCAGCGAGUCCGGCAGCGCCGACGAGGCCCAGAGCCAGGUGCUGGAGUGGCAGGAGAUGGUGGCGGAGGCGGCCGGCGCCAGGGACCGGGCCAAGGAGGAGCGGGCGGCCAUGGCGCUGCGCAUGAGCCACAUGGAGGAGGAGCGAGAGGAACUGAUUGAGGAUGACUGGUUCUUUCCUGGCUGCUCCGAUCCAGCGCUGGCCAGUCGGCAGCAGGAGUUGGAGGAGGAGCUGCCUCGAGCUCGGGGGCCGGGCCGGGCCGGGGGGCCGGCCGAGGAGGCCCAGAGGAGCCUGCAGGAGGACUUUGGAUUUGACGGCCGGUCCUCGUUCCAGGACCCGCGGCCCCCCUCUGAGACCACGACCCCGAUGGAGGGCGAGAACAUGGGAGGUUGGUGGCCCGAGUUCAGUUCCCCCGACACAGAGGGCCUGCGGUCCGUCGUGGAGGAGCUGGAGCUGGAGCGGAACCAGCUGCAGGAGCAGAUCCUGAGCCUGGAGGAGCGCUGCCAGGACCUGGAGGCCCGGCAGCAGCUGCAGGCCCGAGUCGAGGCCCUACAGGUGACGUUUGAUGUUGAUGUAGAUGAAGAUGAGCAGCCAUUUUGGGAUUCUCAGAACGAGUCGGAGAGGCUUCAGGCUCAAGUCUCCGGCCUGCGACUCCAGCAGAGCCGCGACGCAGAGAACCAGCAGCUGCUGGUCGCCGGCCUCACGGAGCAGCUGAAGGGCCUGAGCAGCACCCAGGGGUGCCUGGAGAGCUCGCUGGUGGAGAAGGAGAACGCGCUGGCCAAGACGAGCGAGGAGCUGCAGCUGGCCGACGGCCUGCGGGAGGCUCUGGGCGAGAGAGAGCUGCGGUGCAGAGAUGCGUCGGAGAAGCUCCUUCAGGCCGAGCACGCCCUCGAGGACGUUUCCAAGCGCUGCGGCAGCUCGGAGAAGCGCCGCUCUGAGCUGCAGACGGAGGUCGCCGACCUCACGCAGAAGCUGAGCGCGCUGAAGGAGAAGACGCAGAAGCAGGAAGUCGCCGUCGAGUCUUUGCAAACGGAGCUGGACCAGACCAACGAGGAGCUGGACAAGCUGAACUCCGCCCACCUGGACGAACGCGCUCAGCUCAUCCACGACCUGCAGGGCUGCGAGCGGGAGAUGGACCGGCUCAAGGACGCGCUGCUGGAGAAGGAGGAGGAGCUACAGACCCUCUCGGGGAACGCGGCGGCGCAGGCGGAGCGGCUCGCGGCGCUGAAGCGGGAGCUGGAACUCAAAGACGAGAGCCUGGUCCGCGUGGAGACGGCGCUGAGUGAAGCGCAGCGGGAGGCCGCGAGCGUCGGAGGGUCCCAGACUUCAGAGCGGCAGGCGCUGACGGAGCGGCUGACGGACGCCGAGGCGGCGCUGCAGCUCCUGACGGAGCGGAGCCAAGAGGAGCAGACCGCCGUCCGGGAGCUUCGGGAGCAGCUGGCGAGCCACCGGACUCGCCUCUCGGAGAGCGAGGCGCGCGCCGCGUCCCUCGGGGAGCGGCGGCGGUCGGAAGACGACGGCGGCAGCGAGCGGCUCCGGCUGCAGCUCAGCGAGAGAGAACAGACGCACGCCAGAGAGAUGAAGACUGGGAAGGACGAGCAGAAGGAGCUGCUGGCCCGGCUGGAGGAGUCCGGCCGCCAGGUGAAGACGCUGUCCGAGCAGCUGGAGGAGCAGACGAGGAGCGAGGAGCGCGUCAGGGAGGAGAUCCGCGAGAAGGCGGAAACCAUCGAGACGCCGGAGAAGCUGAGCGGCCAACUCGUCUCGGAGCUGAAGAGCUGGAAGACGGAGGAAAAGCAGCUGACGGAGGAGCUGCGGAGCGGGGAGGAACUCGCCGGGGAGAUCUCGGCCGCCCUAGAACUCAACCGGAGGCUGGAGCGCCGGGCGGACGUCCUCACGGAGGAGAAGGAGCGGCUGCAGCUGGACGUGGCGGGCGUGACGCUGGAGAGGGACUCCCUGCAGGAGGAGGCGUCCUCGCUGGAGACGCAGCUCUCGCGGAGCGGCGCCGCCAUCGAGGAUCUGAACAGAGCUCUGGACCGCAGCUCGCUGGCGAAGACCGCCGAGUGCGGCGAGCUCGGCCGGUCGCUCGGGGAGCGCGAGGAGGAGGUGGAGCGGCUGCAGCGGGACCGGCGGUCCCAGAUCGAGGCCCAGCAGAACCAGCAGAACCAGCUGUCUCUGCUCCGGGAACAGGAGGGCGGCCUGAAGUCGGCGUUAAAGGAGACGGAGGCCGCGUUGGCGGAGGAGCGGGACGGGAGCCGCCGCUUGCGGAGCGAGGCGGCGCUCAUGGAGAACGCCGCCGCCUCGCGGGCCGAGGAGCGCUCGCAGCUGGAGGCGGCGCUGGAGGACGCCAGGCGCCACCGUCAGGAGUACAAAGAGGAGGCCGACGCCGCCGCCGAGGCUCUCGGCGAGCGAGUCGGUACGGCAGAGGAAACCGGCAGAAAGCUGGAGGCCGAGGCGGAGGUGAGGAGCGUCCACGUCCGGGCGCUGACGGAGCAGAACCACCAGCUCCGGGCCGCCUGCGAGUCCAGAGAGGCGGAGCUCGCUCUGCAGGCGCGGGUCCAGGCGGACCUCCGCGGUCAGCUGGACGGCGCCCUGGAGCAGAACGCCAGCUGCGGACGGAAGAUCGGCGUCCUGACGGAGAGCGGCGAGCGGAGCCGGAGGGCGCUGGCCGAGCUGAGCGCCCAGAGGAGCUCGCUGCAGGAGAUCCAGACCUCGGAGAAUCGGAAGGUCAUCGACGGCCUGCUGAGGGAGAAGGAGGCGCUGGCGUCCGCAGGAGACGAGUCGAGAAGGAUCCUCCGAGAAGGAGAGCGGGCGACCUCGGCGGCUCUGCUCGAGAAAACCGGCGAAUGUGCCUCUCUGGCGGCGGUGCUGCGGGAGAGAGACGAGAAAGUGGGCGGGCUCAACAUGGCGCUGGAGGAGAGGCGGAGCCAGCUGCUGCAGCUCCAGGACACCGCGGGCGUCCAUCGGGAGGAGGUGGAGGCGCUCGGGAAGGAGGCGCAGCAGAGAGAGCGGGCGCUACGAGACUCGACGGGCGAGGUGCAGAGGCAGAGAGACGAGCUGAGCGGGGCGGAGGUCGAGGCCACCGGCCUGAAGGUCGCCGUGCAGAAGCUGACGCAGAGCGAGGACCGGAGGAAGGCCGAGCUCGACGCUUCUCACCAGAACGUCCGAGCGCUGACGGAGCGGAACGCCAGGUCCGAGUCGGAGCUCCAGAGAGCGCUGACGGAGGCGUCCGGGGCCCGGCGAGAGGUCGAGCGUCUCCAGGCGGCGGUCGGCGACGCGGACGCCAAACUCCAAACGGCGCUCUCGGAGAGGGAGGGGCUUAACUCGGCCGCGCGAGGAUCAGAAGAGUCCCUGACACGGCAGGAGCGUCUGAUCCAGCAGCUCACCGGCAAGAUCUCGGAGCGGGAGCAGCAGCUGGAACAGAGAGCGCACGACAUCGCCGGGGCAGCCGCCACGGCCACGCAGCUCCGUGAACUCCGAGGACGAGUGGACGGGCUCUCCUCCGAGUCCUCGGCCCUGAGACGCACUCUGGAGGAAGCAGAGCGGCGGCGUCUGGAGGAUCUCAGGAGGUCCUCAUCCGCCGCCGAGGACCUCCGGUCCAGUCUGCGAGCCAAAGAGGCCGAGAGCGAGGCCUCGAGGGAACACGCGGCCCGGCUCCAAGAGGCGCUCACGGAGCUCAGCGCCGAGGCGGAGGGUCUGAAGAAGGUGCUGGAAGACAAGGAGGCGGCUCUCCUGGACCAAUGGAAGUCCCUUCAGGACGUCCAGAGAAGAGCGGACGAGGCUUCGCUCCUCGAGACUCGGCUCGAGCAAAGCGCCGAGUCGGUGUCGCGGCUUCAGAGUCGAGUCCGGCUCCUGGCGGCCGAGUCCGGGAACCUCAAAACGUCGGCAGAGGAAACGCGGAGCGCCUCCGCCGACCUCCAGGAGAAGUACGCCGCCGACCUGGAGCAGCUGCAGCUUCUGAGGAAGCAGCUGCUCCAAACCUCCGACGAGGCGUCCGGCCUCCGGAGGUCACUGGACGCCGCCGGUGAGGAACGUCAGGCGGCGGCGAUCGCCACGGAGACGCUGAGGAACGAGUCGGCUCUGAUCCGCCAGGAGCUGGAGCGGACGCGACACCUGAACGCCAGUCUGUCAAAGGAAAAGGCCGACGCGGCGCCGCUGACCGCCGAGCUGGAGCGACUCAAGGCGCAGCACCUCCACGUCGUGGCCAAGAUGAACGCGCUCACAGAGAACCUGGAGCAGAGGGAGGUGGCUCUGCUAGCCAUCAACAGGCGGUACACGUGCCAGGCCGAGCACGCGGCGCGGCUGGGCUCCGACAUGCAGAAACUAGAGCGGCAGAACCAGAGGCUGAGCGCGGAGCAGGAGGAGCACCGGGGGCGCCUCGCGGCCGCCGCCCACGACUACGCGCUGCUGCAGGAACAGGUCGGGACGCAGAGGAGGCUUCGGGAAGAGCCGCGGGUCCAGAUGGAGCGGCGGUCCGAGGAGGAGAGCCUUCAAGCUAAGGUCAGUGCCCGGGACGAGGAGGGGUGUCGCUUACGAGAGAACGCUGAGAAGGUAGAGCGGCUGCUGGUCCUGGAGAGAGAGAACCAGGACAAGGAGCGGCUCGCAGAGCAACUGAGAAGUGUUGAACGCGACAUGAAGUCUAAAGAUGGUAAAGUGAGCGCUCUGAAAGGAGACCUGGGCCGCCUGCCGGAGCAGCCGGCAGCGGCCUCCGACCAGCUGAGCGCCAAGGAGGCGGCGGCCUCCAGGACGCAGCUGCAGAGGCUCUUGGCCUCCGUCCAGAAGAAGGACGACGACAACGGUCGUCUGCGUCGAGCUCUUAAAGCCGCAGAACACGAGCUGCAGGAACUCACGGCGAGAAAGAGCGGCGCCGACGAGGAGUCCGAGGGGUCGCCGGCUUCUUUGCAGGACGCCAUCAAGCGGCUACAAGAGAGCCACCGGGCCGAGCUGGACGCUCCGAGAGAGGAGGUGCAGGGAGGCGCCGCGCGGCUACACGGCGAGGAGGAGGCUCAGCAAGCGGCUCUUUGGAAAGACACGGCGCAGCUUCUGCAGACGCGGCUCGACGGCGCGGCCGAACACUCGCGAGCAAAGGACGAGCAGAUGGACCGCGUGGAGGAGGCGCUCUCCGGACAGGAUAGAGACACGGCCAUCGGCCAACUCAUCGAAUCCGCCUCGAGCGAGAGGAUGAAACUCGGGGAGGAGAGAGCGUCUCUGUUGGAAAGCACGGAGCGGGACCACGACGCCUCCACCAGGAGGCUGGAGGAGCGUCUGAGCCGAGCCGAGGCCAAAGAGUCUGAGGCGCUCCGGCUGAGCGACAGAAAGGAGGAGCUGGAGAGGGACCUGGCCGAGGAGAAGAAGAUCCAGCAGCACCAACACCACCGGGAAGAGAGCGCUCACGCCCAUGGCCAGGUCUCACUGCUACAGGAGCGGCUCCAAGGAGUCACGAGCCGAGCUCAGGCCGCCGCGGACGCCGCUGCUCUUCUCCAGAGGAACCUCCUGGACAAAGAAGGAGAGAUUCUCCUCCUCCAAACAAAAGGCGAGAGACUUGAGGAGCGAUUGCAGACGUCGCAGGCCGCGUGCGCCGAGAAAGAGGUCCGUUUGUCGGAAGCCGUGCGGACGCUGGCGGAGAAAAGCUCCCUGGUGGAGCUGCUGCAGGCCGGAGCGGCCGCGAGGGAGGAGGCGCUGGAGCGAGACCGGAGCCAAUGGCUGCGCAGGGCGGAGGAGCAUGAAAAGGAAAUGGAGGCGCGUAAAGAAGACUCUGAGGGCAGAGCCGCCCUGGGGAACGAGCUCGCCCAGACCAAGAUCCAGAAGAAGGCCCAGGCCGCCUUGCUGGCACGCAAAGAGACGCUGAAGAAAGCCCAAGAGAAGGAGAAGAAGUGGAGCCAGCAGCUGGACCAGAAGGUCCGGGAGCUGGAGGAACUCCGCGGGAGGGCUCUGUCCGACGGAGACGAGCUGGCAGCUCUGAGGAGGCUGGCGGAGCAGAGAGACGAGGCUCUGGCGGUCGCGGAACGCAGAGCUGACGCUCUGACGGCCGAGCUUCAGCUGGCCGAGAGCCUCCUGGAGGACGCCCACGCAGACUUAGAGGAGAGAGAGGAAGCAAUUCAAGUGGCAGCGCUGAAGACCCAGAAGGAGAAGCAGGAGCUGAGUCGCCUCCUGAUGGAGAGAAGUGACCAGGUGAGGGGAGAACUCCAGGCCCUGGCCUCACAGAAGGCCUCGGAGGUCAGUGACGACAAACGCCUUCUGACCGAGGAGCUGGAGGAAGCCCAGCGGCGUGGUUCUGAGGCGCAAACCCAGCUGGAAGCGUUGAGGAGAGAAAGGGAGGAAUCCCUCCGGUUCACCGGUGGACCGGGAGCCGAGCUAACGGAGGCUAACGGAGGCCUCCCGUGUGCCGAGAGCUUCCGAGCCAAACUCAAGGAGGGCCGACGCCUUGCAGCUCUCUCAGGCUCGAGUGUCAGAGACGGAGGAGCUGGCGUCUGCUCUGGAGCGGCAGAGUGCCGCCGAGAAGAGGAGAUCCGGAGCCGCCCUGCUGACCAGGAGGCUUCAGGCAGCGCUGGUGUCCAGGAAGGAGCUCCUGAAGGAAAACGCCACCCUCAAAGAAGAAGCCGGACAGCUGGCGACGCAACGCGACACCAAAGAAGCCGAGAGCCGCGCUCUGGAGGCGUCGGCGCGGGAGCUGGAGCGGCAGAACGCGGAGCUGGAGAGCGCCGCGCGGUCCCUGGAGGACGAGCCGUCCACCUGGAGGGCGGCGCACGCCGAGCUGAGGCAGGAACACGAGGCUCUUCUUCGCGCUCUGAGAACGUGAGCAGCGAGAUGGAUAAGAUGAGGCAGCUUUCAGAGGAGGCCAGGCGAGAGGCGGAGGACGAGAGCGGCAGGAUCAAAGAGAGGAUGCACAAGUUCUCCAAGGAGAAGCGGCAGAAGGUGGAGGAGCUGGAGGAGGAGAAUCGGAAGACGAGAAAAGAGCUGACGGAGCUCCAGGAGAAGCUCAAACCGAGCGAUGGAGACCAGCGAUGGGAGGCGGAGAGCGAGAGAGAGACGCAACAUAACCGACUGGCAGGAGAGCUUGAAGAGGCUCGGCCUGCGCUGGAGGAGGAGCGCCGGCGGUCAGACACACACUCCACCCACAUGCAGCCGAGCAGCUCCCCGACGGCCCGGAGCCACGCCCACACCACAGAACUGGAGGGCUUGUUCCAAAAGGAGAGACUGGAGACGAUGCACAACGACCACGAGCUGCAGCUGGGAAGGAAAGACGAGGAGCUGGAGGGGCUCCAAGAGGUCGUGGAGGGCGUCGGCCUGAAGGAGACGCUGAGGGUCUCGGAGGACGACGAGUGCCUCCUGCAGGAGGAGCUCCAAGACGCGCGAGAGGCUUCCGACAAGGCGAAGGUAGAAAAGGAGCAUCUGGAGAGCGUGAUCCGGAGGAGCUCCGAGAGGAUCCACGAGCUGAGCGCCUCCGCCGCCGCUCUGCAAGCACACAACACGCAGCUGUCCUCUCAGCUGGCGGCGAGCCGGGAGGCCGGCGCUCGGGUUCGCCGAGAACAAGAGGCGGAGCGGCUGCAGCUGGUCCGAGAGUUGGAGGAGAAGCUGAAGACGGUCCAGAGAGGCAGCGACGCCUCCAAGAGCGCCAAGAAGGAACUGCAGGAGCUGCUCAGGGAGAAGCAGCAGGAGGUCAGCCACCUGCAGCGCAACUGCAUCCGCUACCAGGAGCUGAUCCUGGAUCUGGAGGAGGAGGGGCGCCAACACUCUGAGAGAGAGCUGAAGAGGAGCUCGGAGGAGGAGGGGGAAGCAGAGCUGCUGGCGCACAAGGAGCUCCUCCAGCAGGCGGCGGAGAGGACCCGGAGGGUGGAGGCGGAGCCAGAGCAGCUGGCUCUGGACGCCUGGCAGGAAGGGAACAAAGCCGAGGACCACGACAUCCCACAAUGCUCAGCGGCCAUCGGUGAGCAGCAGCUCGGGGGUCUGGAGGAGCGGCGGCGCUCUGACGCCCAGGAGCUCCAGAUCGGCCCCGUGCUCCAGCGCCUCCUGGAGGACCCGAGGCUGAGGGACCGAGAGGCGGGCGCGUUGGAGAGGACCGGCGCCGCCGCGCAGCAGGGGCAGCUGUUCCUGCUGAGCGCCGGCAACGCCGAGCUCUCGGCCGUCCGGCUGAGGGAGCUGGGCGCUCUCGCCCAGAGACUGGAGCGGGACAAGAGCGCGCUGACCCGCCUGCUCGCCGAGCGGGAGGGCGCCGCGUCCCGGACGCAGCUGGCGCUGCGGCAGGCGGAGGAGGCGAGCGCGGCGGCGGACGCCCGGCUGCUCCGCCUGCGCUCGCUGAACGACCGCGCCGAGCAGGAGGGCGUCGCCCUGCAGCUGAAGGCGCUGCUCCGCGGCAAAGACGCCGACAUCUCCUCGCUGCUGUCCUGCAGGGACGGACAGACGUCCGGCUACCUGGAGCAGCUGCAGGCCGACCGGCGCGACCAGAGAGAGAAGGCCGACGGGGAGCGGCGAGGCCUGGAAGACGUGCUGAGGAGCCUGCGGACUCAGGCCGGCCGCUCCGCCCAGGAGAGGGAGGCAUUGAAGAGCGCCAUGGCGUCGCUGCAGAGCGACCGGGAGCGCCUGGCCUCAGAGGUCAGGGUCACGGAGGCUCAGACGGGGCACGAGGGCCUGAAGCUGAGGAGGCAGCGGGGCGUCGGCCUGGAGGAACUCGGAAAGGAAGGAGAGGCGAGCGGCGCCUUGAGGGCUCAGGUGUCCCGCCUGGAGGCGGACGCAGCGACUCUCCGACAGGAAAGAGCCGCAGAAGGAAAAGUGAUGGCCGAUUUGCGGGAAGCGGCCGCCGCCGCCGCGGCCGAGAGCAGCGGCGCCCGGGCUCGGGGCGAGUCCAUGUGCGGCGCCAUGGCCGCCCUGCAGGACGACCGCGACCGGCUCAUCGAGGACUUCAAGGUCCUGAGGAGCGGCUACGACAACGAGCUGCGGGCGGCGCGGGCGGCCCUGAGCGCGGCGGAGCGCGGCCGGCGGGACGCCGCCGCCGACCUGGCCGCCGCCGCCAAGGAGAGGGACGUCCUCGCCCGGACGCUGGCGGCCUCGCGGAGCGGAGACGCGGCGCCGGCGGAGCUGAGCCGGCUGCUGGGGGAGCUGAGCGGGGAGCUGGCGGCGAAGGAAGGGGACGGCGAGCGGCUCGCGCUGGAGAGGGACGCGCUCGCCACGCAGCUGGCGGCGUUCUGCGGCGCCAUGGCGAGCCUCCAGAGCGACCGCGAGCGGCUGGUGGGCGAGCUGGCCGCCGCCAGGAGAGAGACGGGAGAGUCCACUGGGAGGGGAGGGGGGGCGGAGACGAGACAGAAGCCCUCCGGCGCUCCAGGACUCGGCCACCAGGGGGCCACCGCCCUGAGAUCUGAGGAAGAGGAGACGGACGCGCUGCUCGAGGGCCCGGGUGCGGCGGAGAGGACCCGUCUCCAUGGAGACCUGCGGCGCUGCCGCCACGAGAUCCAGCAGCGAGACCAGCAGCUGCAGCGGCUCGGCCUGAAGGUGCAGCAGGCGGAGGAGGAGAAAGGAGGCGCGGCGGCGCGGCUGAGGCUCGUCUCCCAAAGCCUGAGGGACGCCGAGGACCGCUGCCACUGGCUGGAGGACCGGGUCCAGACUCAGGUAGACGGUCUGCAGGGGGCGGUGUUUGCUGAGGAGGCCCCCGGAGCGCCUCAGGAGAGGAGCAACGACUCCGAGACAGCCGAGAGGCUGCUGGAGUUGGAGCAGAAUCUGACUGAAGAGAGAACGAGGAGAGAGACGCUGGAAGAGAGACUACGACUGAUGGAGGACGCCCAGAGCCUCGGCUCCAGAGACGGUCUGAGGGACGUCAGCAUCGAGAUGGACCUGGAGGAGGACUGGGCGGCGCUGAGCCGGCCGCUGCUCGCCCGCCAGGUGAAAGGCGGCGCGGUGGCGUGCCGGCGCUGGCUCCGGGGGCGGAGCCUGUACUUCUCUCGGCUGCUGACGGGCCGCGCCCGCUCCCGCUACCUGUUCCUGGCCUACCUGCUCACAGUGCACCUGCUGCUGCUCAUGAGCCUCACCGGGGCCCUGUAGCCACACACACACGCACACGCACACGCACGCGCACACGCACGCACACGCAC